AUGUCUGGAUAUGCAAGAAAUCAAGAAAUAUUUCAAACAUCCAAUUCUAAUGAUAACGAGAAUAACCUAAUUGCUACUAGCAGUAGUGGAGCUCAACAAACAAAACGCCAAUGCACAGAAAAUAAUGAUAGGGAAAGCAUUUGUUGGAAAUAUUUUGAACCAUUCAAGGUCCCAAGGGAGAAUGGAACAGUGACAAAAUGUACAGUUCCUGGAUGCACUGCAAGUUACAUAUGGUGUGGAGCUACUUCUAAUCAUGUUCGCCAUCUUAAGAAUAAACAUGAAAUUAAUAUACCAUUAAUUAAAUUUAUUGUUUCCUCUGGAUUACCUUUUAAUUUUGUUGAUACUUUAAAAUCUGCUGGAUUUGUUAAUCCAAAUAUUGAACUAUCUACUUCUGAAAUUAUAAAAGAGCAAAUAAAUAAAGCAUAUAAUCGUUUAUUCCUUCAAUUAAAGUUAAAAGCUCAGCAAGAGAAAUCUACUAUGUUUUCAAUUUAUGAAUUCAAGCCAGAUACUAGGAUUGAUGGAUACUAUGCAGUAACAAUUUGUAAUUGGCUAACUAAAGACUUUGAAUUUCAUAAAAUCCAGUUGUUUGCAAAAAAAUCUUGCUCUGAAAUAGACGAUAAAUCUUAUGAUGACGAUAUUCUUGAUGCAUUUGUAAAAUGGGAGUUGUCUAAUUUAAAAUUUUAUAGCGACAAUGGCUAUGAAUUUUUCGAAAGGUUGUGGGAUUGGGACGAGAAAUAUCAAAAUUUCAUACAAAACCUUACACGAUUGCCUGUUAACUGUUUUAAUAAAUUAAAAGAUUUAAUACUAAGAAGUGAAAUUUCGUCCGAUUUAGAACGUGGAUCUAAGAAUGAAGCUAGAUGCACAUCAAAUAAAACACUGUCCCCAAAACAUACAGGAAUCGAUGUUAGAAAUGAUUUAAGGAGUUCAUAUUCUAAAUCACCAUUAAACUGA